UCUGAAGCCAUUUUGUUUUGUCAUCUGACUUAACAGUUUAGACAGGCGAGUAUCUUACGUAUUUAAGUUAUACACUGAACUCAGCGAUGUCACAAAAUUUGCUUGCAUGGAUUAAAAGCUAGUCCCUUCUUCGACUGUUGGCCCUUCAUCACUCUAAGUAUCUUUUCCAUGGUUUGUCAUGAUAUUGCUUGCUCAAACGCUAAGCCUAAUGAAUUGGGCCUUGCCAAAUUUAGAAUAUAAACUAUUCCACUAUGCUUACAGGGCCAUGGCCUCUACGAUUGCAACGAUUCGAUGACCAGCGUGACUUCAUUGCAUCGACUCGGGGGUCAAUCUUGCGAAGAUUACAAUCUGUAGUCUCAUCCACCAAUGACAAUAAAGGUGUAGACAAAGCAGCACCCGAGUGCAUGAUAAUCCACGUGAGAGGCUACAACAGAAAAGAGCAGAUCUACGUCUUUAUCGAAUCCACAUCAUAUGUAUUCACUACUUGCGGCACCUUGCCGCGCAGCGUAAGAUUGACGCUACUGUCCCUAAGUCGGCAAAGCAGCGUAAGAUUGACGCUACUGUCCCUAAGUCGGCAAAGCAGCCUCAGCUGUCGCUGUAUGUCAACGGUAAAGCGUCGAAAAGUUAGAACAGCGAUUUAAUCAAUAUCGCCCCGCAUAUUCAUGUGAUAGAAACUCUUAUGCGUCGCGUUGCAUUCCAGAUCGACGUAAUAAUGAAAAAGUCAAUUCAGUUGCUAAUUCAAGCAAAAUAGGACUUAAUCACGCAUGAUUCGGCACAUAUGCAGCCUUUAAGGACUCACAAUCGCCAUUCAAUAGAAAGCUUAGGGUCCAAUUGUGCGAUUGGCAACUCGUGCUGUGUUCGAUACGCUACAAGGCUGAAUUGUGCACAUAUCAGAUCCAUCUUCUUGAUCUUGUUAUCCUUUAGAUGGCUUCGUUGUAGUGCACAGGUUUUGUUGGCUUCAGUCAGACAACUCACUUGUGCCGGGCACGUAUCGGUUGAUCUGAGAAUCAGAAUGUUUCGUAGACACCUUCCUUAAUGCUCGCUGAAAUAGUUCAUGAGGAAAGUCGUGUCACCAGUUUUUUUAUGAUACAGUUCUUACAAGAUAAGGUUCGCUUGUAAGCGGCUGGUGUGACGAAUGAAGCGCUCGAAUAAAAUGAGAUCAAAAGCAUUUUAUCAAAUGCCUGCAUACUUCAGGUGGCUAGGAGCGAUACGUGAAACGCGUUAGGGCAUUGGUAAACAACACCAAGAAUUUUUCAACGAAUUACUGGGUGCAUGCACAGUAGUGUGCAAGGCACGAGAAAUAUUUUCAUCAAAGCCGUUCAAAUUCUUGCGUCAAAUCCAUCGUUUUAACGAAAAUCCGUAUGACUGUUUUCUUGAAUAUUUCAUCGUGCAUCGUUCAAUGUUGUGGUGGUCCCCAGCUAUCACGCACACACACACGACCGCACUGCUUGAAAACCUAUGGCAGUUUAAGUGACAGAGUACACUGGCAGAAUGGUAGUAGACGUCGGAGUAGAUAAAGCCAGGAUGCUAUCGUAGCAAGAUGGUAUUUCAGUCUCAGAUACCAAAUAAGCUGCGUGGUUUCACAAAAUGGAUAGGUUAUGCUCCAUUAUUUUGCUUCGAUCUCAUGUGCAAUCCAAGAGUCGCACCGAGUCAAGCACUACCUAACCC